AGGAAAUGCUAGAUCUAGUGAUAUCACAGAGCCUGUCUGUGACCAGUGGCUGCAACGAAAACCUGAAAUUCGCCCCUUCCGACAGCGACUGCGCAUCUCCCGAUGACAUAACAGAUAAGUCGAGGAAAAGAUCUUCCUUAGAGGACUUCUCACAUUCAGGCAGCGGCAAGGAAUCCCAGCAAUUCGCACCUGACUUGAAUUACCCCAGGCACUACCCCCACAUCGUGUCUCCUCCGUCCAUCCCAGCGAUGGCCACCUAUGGACAGACACAGUACAGCACAGGAAUACAACAGGCAACGGCAUACUCCACGUACCCUCCACCAGCGCAAGCCUAUGGCAUCCCCUCAUACAGUAUCAAGACAGAGGACAGUUUGAGCCAUUCCCCGGGACAAAGCGGUUUCCUCAGCUACAGUUCGAGUUUCAGUACGCCCCCGCCGGGACAAGCUCCGUACACGUAUCAGAUGCACGGUCCAUCCGGAAUCUAUCAAGGAGCAAACAGCCUGAGCAAUAGCGGAGCGUUCAGCGGCGUUCACCAGGAAUAUUCUUCAUACCCAGGCUUUAGCCAAAGCCAGUACCCCCAGUAUUACAGCACGACGUACAACUCCCCUUACAUCCCCACCAACAGCAUCAGUCCGACCUCCAUAUCCUCUACUACCUACGCCCUGCAAGAAGCCUCCCACCACAUCUCCAAUCAGAGCUCAGAGUCAUUGUCAGCGGAAUAUCCUGCACACAACGAUCCCUCCACACCGAUCAAAGACUCCGAAUCUGAACGGCAACAAAGGGGCUCCGAUGUGAAGUUACGAGGGAGAUCCAAGCGGAAUAAUGACCCGUCUCCAGCAAUGGACAAUGAAAUUGAGCGUGUAUUUGUCUGGGAUUUAGAUGAGACAAUAAUUAUCUUUCACUCGUUACUCACGGGAACAUUUUCCACGCGCUAUGGAAAGGACACGACCACAGCGGUACGGAUCGGUCUUAUGAUGGAGGAAAUGAUCUUCAACCUCGCUGACACUCACCUCUUCUUCAAUGACCUGGAGGAGUGUGACCAGAUCCACAUAGAUGACGUCUCCUCUGAUGACAAUGGACAAGACUUGAGCACGUACAACUUUUCAGGGGACGGAUUCCACAGCUCGGCGGCCGGGGCCAAUCUCUGCCUGGGGUCCGGCGUCCACGGGGGAGUGGACUGGAUGAGGAAGUUAGCGUUUCGCUACAGAAGAGUGAAAGAGCUUUACGGCACCUACAAAAACAACGUAGGCGGGAAGGAGUGCUGCUUCGAGAGAAUAAUGCAAAGGUUUGGGAGAAAAGCAGUUUACGUUGUAAUUGGAGACGGCGUAGAAGAGGAACAGGCAGCAAAGAAGCACAACAUGCCGUUCUGGCGAAUCUCUUGCCACGCCGACUUGGAGGCCUUAAGGCACGCCCUCGAACUGGAGUACUUGUAGCGCCGGGUGCUUCGUCACGCCAGCCGCCCCAUGGGCAUCCAGGAAAAACGCGGGCUCGGGACGAGAAGCCGUACAA